CUAGCUCAUUGAAAACAGAGCACCUGAUGUGGACUAACCUGUGGCAAGGAAAGGCACAUUGACUGCCCACUUUUGUUGUAUCUCACCUGGAAAGAACUGUACAAUUGUUUUUCAAGAUGCCUAACUCACCCCAGAAUGAGAUGAUGUCCAAGGCAGAAGAUUUUGCCGAUAAUUUCUUACGCCAUUCCAAGCACUACCUUCCACACGUGGCUCGAUUUUGUCUUGUGUCGACUUUCUUCGAAGAUGGAAUUCGUAUGUGGUUCCAAUGGCACGAGCAGCGCGAUUAUAUUGACGCCCAAUGGGGCUGCGGCCAAAUUUUAGCAACUUUGUUUGUUAUUAUCAACUUGUUUGGUCAGUUAGGAGCUUGUUUCAUGGUUUUAUCAAGAAAGAAAGUUGAAAUAGCAGUUGGUGGCUUGUUUGGGAUUAUUCUUCUUCAGACUAUUGCUUAUAGUAUUCUAUGGGAUAUCAAGUUUCUUAUGAGGAGUCUUGCAUUGGUUGGUGGCCUAAUUCUUUUGCUUGCAGAAUGCCACCAGGAAGCAAAAACUCUGUUUGCUGGAGUACCAACCCUUGAUGCACCAAACAAGCCUAAAACAUACUUGCAGCUGGCUGGGCGUAUAUUGCUGCUUCUGAUGUUCAUCACCCUGCUCAAAUUUGAUAUGACCCCAUUCCACAUGCUACAAAAUUUGAUUGGUACAACGUUGAUCCUUCUCAUAACAGUAGGAUUCAAAACAAAGCUGUGUGCUCUUCUGCUCACUUUCUGGUUAACAAUGCUUAAUGUCUAUGAGAAUGCUUUCUGGAUGGUGCCUGCAUGGAAGGCAAUGAGAGAUUUCCUCAAGUAUGACUUCUUCCAAACCAUGUCUGUCAUUGGUGGCCUUCUAUUGCUUGUUGCCCUUGGUCCUGGUGGAGUCAGCUUGGAUGAACACAAGAAAAAGUGGUAAAAUUGUAGGGAUGGACAUAAAAAACCAGAUAAAAUCUUCAUGCCAGUGACUUAGUAACACAGUUUGGCCUAAGCAGCUAAUAAGAAUUAGAUGAGAUCCUACAGCAUCCAGAAUAGCUACCACAUUAUCAUAAGGCCAAUAUUUCUUGUCAUUGGCUUUGUAAUUUGUGUGUCAAGUUAUUCAUGUUGAAGAGUUCAUGUUGGUAUCACAUGAAAUUAUAUUUCUUAUCCUCUCUGGUUGAAUAUUCUCAGGGUGUCACACAAAGUUAAAAUUCUUUGCUCCAUAGGAAAUGAGUAAAAAAUCUUGCAUCAGUCCCUUAUUUCCUUCUAUAAGUUUUGUUUUGUUCUUUUACCCAUAUUUGAGCCAAUCUGAUGUUAAUUAAAAAGCUAUAGGCUGCCAUCUGUUGCCGCUUCCUCAACUCUCAGGAAUUAGAAACUAUUGAAUCAUUUAUUUUAAGACAUAGGUUGUUCCAUUAAAUUAGUUUUAUUACUGAUUUCCUUAGAAGAUAAUUUUUCCUAUUUAAAAAAAUAUCUGGAAUGAUUAAAAUAUUGUUUCCUGACAUGCAGUUUCACAAUUAUUUAGUGAUAAUAGCUCAGACUGCUUGUCAUUUUAUAUGUUUAAACAUGAAAGGUUUUCUUCUUUGUAACAUACUCAUUGAUUUUGUGAAAGAAUUUUUUCUGAUUUUCUGCAGUCAUUGUAACUUUUUGACCAUUUUACUGAAAUGAUAUUCUUUUUUCUGCCUCAGUCUUGAUAACAAUAUCUUCCAGAUAUUUUGUGUAACUGCUUUGCAAAUGUAUCAUUCACUGUUCAUUGCCAACUAAGAUAAAAAAAUUGUUAAUUGCA